CAUUCUAUGUACAAGUGCUUUAUGGAUGUACUUUUAAAGAUGAUUGCACCACUGCGAUAUAUCGGAAUUGUAAAUGAAACCAGCAUAAACCACGAGCGAGUUGCGAGAAUUUGCGAAAAAUAUAAUAGUAAAAACGCCAUAGCACAUAGGUGUGUAUAUGCGUACAAAUGGCUUGGCUGUCAGAUAUUACAGAUAAAGUAGAGGACCUAUUGAAUAAGAUAGAUAAAAAUAGUGCAACUGUUUUGAACAGUGAUUAUUGGAAGCGCUACGAUAAUAGUAUUAUUACCAAAUCUUCCUUGGAAAAUUCAAACCAGUUUACGCACGAAGACAAUUUUCUUGAAUAUCUAAAUACAUCAUCCAAAAGUGUGACAAACACAGCAAUUGAAUCUGGAUUGUCAUCACCAAUAUCUUCGUUAUUAAUGGAUCAGUCUACAAAUAAUGUAGAUCCCAGAUUGCAAUUGUCCACUCAGAAUAACGAAUCAAAUCCAGAAAGCGCAUCUACUUCUAUAAAUGCAAUUGAUGCUGAAAAUUACAAUUUUGAAAAUGAUCUACAAAUUAGAAAUAUGCAUUUAAGAAAUCAAAUGCAUAGAUAUCAAGAUAAUGCUUUCCAUUCGCAAAUGCUACAAAGAACUGCGGAUAAUGAUCAUACUUUGGAAGUUGUCGAGCCAAAAUAUUCAUACGAUUCCAAAUUACAAUUAUUAGAAACGGAUGAAUUAAUGAUUUCAUCUGACUCUUUAUUAAAAUCUUCAUCUGAAACUUUAACAGAUCAUCAAAAACAAAUUGUAGUGUUAAAUAAUAAGUUGCAAUCCUUAAGAACUACAAAUGUUCAAAUGUUAAAGGAGAUGACAGAUUUACAAACUGCUCUUAGUAGAAGUAGAUUAGAAUUACUUUCAACUAGAUCUGAAUUAGAACAACAUAAAGCAAGAGCUUUUAGAAUACUACAAGACAAAGAGAAACUAAUAGCAGAGUUAAGGCGAAGUGAAUUUACAGGCAUAGAUGAUGCUACACUUGUAGAAUUGAAACAAUUGAGGCAAGAGCGCGAUCUCCUCAGAGAAGAAAAUCAGCAGACUCAUGAACAAUUAAGAACGGUACGCGAUGAAUUAAACGUUAGCGACCUUACUUUAGAAAAGAUGAGACAAAGAUAUAAUGAAGUAAAUUUAAAAUUUCAAGAAAGUCUUGCGAGUGAAAGGCAAAAAAGACAAGACGCGGAAGAAAUUGCAAGAUUACACUCAGAGGAGAUAAGGUCAUUGAAAGAUGAAAUAAUUAAUCAACAAAAUAAUUAUACUAUACAAAUACAAAAACAAGAUGCAGAAAUAUCGAGACUCCGUUUGCAAGUGUCCGCAACGUCUACACCGAAUAGCGAAGUAGAAUCUAGAUUGGCAGCUCUUACACAAACUUUAGUUCUGAAACAACAAGCAUUAGAAAAUAUAACUACAGAACGUAAUGCGUUGCGUCUUCAGUUUGAAAAACUAGAACACGAGUUCAGAACUAUUAUAAGAAAUUCCAAUAGAAAUGUAACAUACAGUAAUACAAAUGAUAAUGAUGACGUAAAAACCCAAGUUCCUAUGUUUUUAAUGGAAACACCAUUCGAUACUGGUGUCACCAGACGAGUGAAAAGAGCUUAUUCUUCAUUAGAUGCUAUUAGUAUUCGUACGGGAGUUUUUUUGAGACGAUAUCCACUUGCAAGAAUUUUGGUUUUAAUUUAUAUGGCAUUACUUCAAUUCUGGGUUCUUGUUGUGCUCUUUUCGCAAUCGCCAGAAGUACAUUGAUGUUAAUUAACGCACUGGAAAUUGUUGUUAUUUUUAUAUAGAUAUUUAUCAGAAAAGUUUAUCGAUGAUAAAAUUAAUUUGGUAGGCUGCACUUUUAUAAAUCGUUCUCUUCAUUUUUUUUGUAAUAUUUAAGAGGGUAUGAUUUAAAUAGAUGGACUGUCUUUAAAUCUAUUUAAACUUUUGACUCGCUUAGACUUUUAAUUUCAAAUAUUAAGAUAAGAAAUAAUAAAUUAUAUAUAUAGAAAUGUUGAAACUUUCCCUAAAGUGAGAAUGUUUAAAAUCUAA